AUGAGUGCUAUCAUUUGUAACUUUGUUAACAGUGUUUCUAACGUAUCUUUGCUUCGGCAAAUUGCUGAUUUUUGUGGCUAUGGAGAACGUUGUAGUGAUAUUAUUGGCGAUUCUUGUGUCUACGGGAUUCCCCGUAGUAAUAUUGCCAAUGAUAAUUGUAGCUACGCGUUCCGCCAUAGUAAUAUUGUUUUAAAAUUGGCUCUGUUCCUCGGAACAGUGUUUACUCUUUUUAAUGUGGGACGGAAGAUCAUAUCUCUGUGGAAUGGAACCCCUGAACUGACGUCACCCGACGUCAGUGAAGUCAUCUUAGUCGACGAUAACAUUCCUAACGACCAUAAAAAGGCAGUAUUGGCUCUGAAGGAAGUUUACGACAAGAACUUGGAAAAUCUAGAGACUGAAAUUCAACUGCUUCGAAGCGAAAAUUGUGGUCUGCGAGCAACACUGAUUGAAAAGGAAAAUUUGUUUGAUGAAAUGACGGAAAACCUCGACAGUGUACGGCAAAGAGUUCUCGACGAUUUCAAAAGAAGAAUGGAUAAGGAAAAUAGUCUGCUGGAGAGGGAAAAGCUAGAACGAUCUCAGGAGGCUGAGGAGUAUGAACGAAUGAUUGGCAACUGGGAAAAGGAGGUCCAGGCUUUGGUAGAACGCAACAGGAAACUGGAAAGUGAAAAAGAAAAGAAACUUGGCGAUCUAAUGGAGGAAAUUCGAGGUCUUCGAGAUGAAAAUUUAGCCAAGGAUAAAGUGAUAGAAAAUCUGAAAAGAAACAAUAUUCAAUGUGAAGAGAUAAGGAACGGUUUGCAGGAAGAGGUCAGGAAUCUCAGCCAACUUAACGCAGAGAUGGAGAUGAAUAUGGGAGGAAAAAUAGACGACAUGGAAAAGGAAGUCCUAAAAUUAACUGAGGAAAAAAAUGAAAUGGAAUACAACAUUCAUCGCCUUAUGCUAGAGCUCAGUGUUCUUCAGAUGAAAAAGGACAUCCAAAUAGAAAUUUGUGAGCAAGAACUGAUAGAAAAAGAAGCGAAAAUAGAAGAUGUGGAGAACAUAGUCCAAAAUUUACUUGAAGACAACCAAAAAUUUAAAAAUGAAAUGGAAAACCAAGUAAAGGACCUUAGUCAAGAGCUCAGUAAACGACAGGAACUGAAUAAGGAGGAGAUUGAAAAGUUUGAAAAAGCAGUAUUCGAAUUUGGACUAACGAUUCAAGGUCUGGAAAAUGAGGUCGUCUCCUUGAUGGAAGAAAAGGAGAGCCUGAAAACUAAAAUGGAACAGGAAAUAACCGACCUCCAGUCUCGAAACAUGGAAAAGGAUGGGCAGUUGGAAGAAUUGAAAAAAGAAGUAAUUAGUUGUGGACGAACGAUCGCAGGGCUGGAAAAUGAGGUUAUCUCCUUGAUGAAAGAGAAGGAUAACCUGAAAAUUCAAAUGGAACAGGAAAUAGCUGAACUCCAAUCUCUGAAUAUAGAAAAGGAUGAGCAGCAGGAAGAAUUUAGAAAAGAAGUAAUUAAUUGUGGACAAACGAUUCAAGGUCUGGAAAAUGAGGUUAUCUCCUUGAUGAAAGAAAAGGAGAACAUGAAAAUUGAAAUGGAACAAGAAAUAGCUGAACUCCAAUCUCUGAAUACAGAAAAAGAUGAGCAGCUGGUAGAAUUUAGAACAGAAAUCAUUGAUUGUGGACGAAUGAUUGAAGGAUUGGAAAAUGAGAUCGUCAACUUGAUGAAGGAAAAGCAGAGUAUGAAAAUUGAAAUGGAACAGGAAAUAGCAGACCUCCAGUCACGGAAUAUGGAAAAGGAUGGGCAGUUGGAAGAAUUUAAAAAAGAAGUAAUUAGUUGUGGACGAACGAUUGAAGGGCUGGAAAAUGAGGUCGUCCACUUGAUAGGAGAAAAGAAGACCCUGAAAGCUGAAAUGGAAAGGGAAAUAAUGGACAUCAAAGAAGAGGUGACUAACCAGCAGGAUAUGAAUUUGGAAAAGGACGAGGAGAUUGGAAAACUGAAAACGGAAGCAAUUGAAAUGGGAAAGACAAUCGAAGGUCUGGAAAAUCAGCUCAUCGAGUCGAUGGAGGAGAAUCAGAGGAUGGAAAAAGAAAUGACAGACCUUAAAGUAAAGUUGAUUUACCUGCAGGAUAUCAAUUUGGAAAAGGAUGAGGAGGUUGAAAAGUGCAAAAAGGAAGUAAUUGAAGUUGGAAAAGCAAUCGAAGGUCUAGAAAAUGAGGUCAUCGAGUUGAUGGAGGAGAAUCAGAGAAGGAAAACUGAGAUGGAAAAGGAAAAAACAGACCUCAAAGAACAGUUGAUAAAGAUGCAGAAUAUAAAUUUGGAAAAGGAUGAGGAAAUUGAAAAGUGCAAAAAGGAAGUAAUUGAAGUUGGAAAGACAAUCGAUGGUCUAGAAAAUGAGGUCAUCGAAUUGAUGGAGGAGAAUCAGAGAAGGAAAACUGAGAUGGAAAAAGAAAUGACAGACCUCAAAGAACAGUUGAUAAAGAUGCAGAAUAUAAAUUUGGAAAAGGACAAGGAGAUUGCAAAGUGCAAAAAGGAAGUAAUUGAAGUCGGAAAGGCAAUUGAAGGUCUAGAAAAUGAGGUCAUCGAGCUGAUGGAGGAGAAUAAGAGAAGAAAAACUGAGAUGGAAAAAGAAAUAAACGACCUCAAAGAAGAGUCGAUCAAUCUACAGUCACUGAACAUGGUAAAGGACAAGGAGAUUGCAAAGUGCAAAAAGGAAGUGGUUGAAAUUGCAAAGACAAUUGAAGGUCUAGAAAAUGAGGUCAUUGAGUUGAUAGAGGGUAAUCAAAGGAUGGAAAGAGAAAUGACAGACCUUAAAAUAAAGUUGAUUUACCUGCAGGAUUUGAAUUUGGAAAAGGACGAGGAGAUUGAAAAGUUGAAAAAGAAAGAAAUAGAAUUUGUAGCGAGAAUUAAAGGUCUGGAAAAUGAGGUCAUUGAGUCGAUGGAGGAGAAUCAGAAGAGGAAAAGAGGUAUGAAAGAGGUAAUGACCAACCUCAAAGAGUUAAUCAAAGUGCACGAUAUGAAUAUGGAAAAUGAUAAAGAAUAA